AUGGCGCUUCUUCCGGCCAACAAAGACCUCAUUUCCACAGGAAUGAAGGAAUUCAAUGCUCUGCUGAAUCAGCAGGUCUUCACUGACCCUCCGGUCUCCGAGGAAGCCAUGGUGACCAUAGUGAACGACUGGGUGAACUUCUAUGUCAACUACUACCGGCAGCAGAUGACCGGAGAGCAGCAGGAGCAGGACCAGGCCCUGGAGGCGCUCCGGCAGGAGCUGAACACUCUGUCCGCCCCUUUCCUGGCCAAAUACAGGGACUUCCUGAAGUCCUUGUGA